CACGAGUCGAUCGUUUUAGUGGCGUCUCGAGUCGCGUUGAGAUGGCAGGUGCGCGCCCGACUGUCGUGGACGAGUUCAUGGGGUAUUUGAAGGACCCCGAGUCCGCCAUCGCGGUGGCUGUGAUCAAGGUCCUCACUGGAGUCAUCCAGCACUCGAAAGCGAGCACGAUGAUGGAGAUCGAGAGUGCUUUGCAAGAUGCCGCGGCACAGCUCAAGGCGGCUGCUGCCGCCAACACGCCAGCGUCGGCGACGACGGACAAUAAGAAAAACUACGUCGCACAUUCGACGUCUGCGCAAUCGCUCUCGUCCAUCUCUGUGACCGCGGGAUGUCAACUCUUCCUCCGCUACGUCACACGUUGCUUCCUCGAGUUUGACGACUUCGACCUGUGCAAGAGCCAGCUCAUCGACCGCGGCAAGCUAUUCGCAGAGACGUCGUCGACGAGUCGAAAGCGGAUCGUAGACUUUGGGCACAACUUUGUGCGCGAUGGGAUGGUUGUGCUGACCCACGGGGCUUCCCGCGUCGUAACAAAGCUCCUGCUCCAAGCUGCCAAAUCCAAACACUUCUCUGUGGUCGUGACGGAAGGACGGCCUAACGGGGCUGGAUACAAGACCGCCGAGCUUCUCUCAAAUGCAGGGAUCCCCACAACAGUCAUCGUGGACGCCGCCAUGGGGUACUACAUGGAACGUGUGAGCAUGGUGGUUGUGGGAGCUGAAGGUGUCGUCGAAAACGGCGGGAUCGUCAACAAGAUCGGGACGUUUUCGUGCGCCAUGAUUGCGCACGCCAUGAAGAAGCCGUUCUACGUCGCCGCAGAGAGCUACAAAUUUGCGCGCCUGUACCCGUUGAACCAGAGCGACUUUCCCCACAGCCGCACAGAGGAGAGCAUGCUCCUGCCUUCGUGCACCUGCGAUCCCGAGCUCGUCCUUCCAAGCCAUCCAUUGCUGACCGUGGGCAGCCCCACGUGCGACUACACGCCUCCCCAGUAUAUCUCGCUCCUCUUCACCGACCUCGGUGUGCUCACCCCCUCGGCGGUCUCGGACGAAUUGAUCAAACUUUAUCAAUAAGAAUUCGCUCCAUUGUUUUCCA